AUGGCUGCCAUUUCCCUCUGCCGCAGAACCCCUCGCUCCCAGCCCGAGACCGAGAACGGAUCGAUCUACCGCGUGGCCCCGGACAGCGAUAAAGGAGCCCCUUGCGGGCAGUGUGUUCGGAAAGGCAGGGCUUGUGUCCGCGGUACCAAGCUCAAGUUCAGACACAUUACCGUGCCAAGUGACACAGAUGGUAAUCGAGGGGAGCCCCAAUAUGAGUUCUCAGAUACGCAAAAGUGGUGCCGGGUGGCGGGGAAGAGGAUACGCUUCAUCGACGAGACCGCCGAUAUAAACAGCCUCCACAACGAUGGAUUCGACUCCGACGACGAAGACUUCAUCUCGAUCGAAGAUUAUCCCCCGAGUCCACCAGCACUACCACCGCGACGGACCAAGAAAAGACAAGAUGAAUUCAUCAAGCCGUCAUCGACCAAUCGUCCAAGCCGAAACUCGGACGCUGCUGCCAACGAAACUGGCCAGAGUCCUUUACCCAUCGAGAAAGGCCAGCCGUACCCCUUGACGAAGCUACCCGCCCUACACCCUCAUCCUGCUUUCCGAAGCCCAUCGUCAGGCCACUUGGAGUCAGACGAUGCGCCGCGGUCCUUCUCACCAGUGCCUCGAAGCGCCAUCAGCGAAAUUGGUAGCGGGAGCCACUGCGACGACCCUAGCUUGCCCGAGCCGCGUCGAUCCUUCAGUUCCGCCAACUUUCCGUUAGAAGACCGUCGUGAGGCAGAUUUAGUUCGCCACUUCAGGGAGUUCAUCGCGGCCUCCUUCGACUAUGGCGACCCACACAAUCGGAUCUCGGUUCUUCUUCUGCAGCAUGCUGCUCUCAGCCCCGUGCUGCUCAAUGCUGUCUUAGCUGUGUCGGCAAAGUCGAAGGAUGAGGGCGAUAGCCUAAACUUCUUUGAUAAGCCUGCAGAACGAUACUAUGAGAUGACUAUGGAGCUUCUACAGCCUGCCUUGGAUGACGCUGUUCCCGAGGUCGAUGAGGCACAUAUUGCUGCCGCCGUUCUGCUCAGGCUUUAUGAGAAUAUUUAUAUCACACCGUUGUGUCAAAAGACACCUGUAACCCCGAUAUGGAGGUUCCUUUCCACGCACAUCAAGACUCCCGAGCAUGGCACUCUCCUGGAGGCAGCAAUGUGGGCCUGGAUACGCAUCGAAAUCUUCCGGUCCGUCAUGCGAAACGAAAAGCUAGACCUCGAAAUAGAGCAUGUUGACUUCGAUCGCUCCCUCCGACCAGCGGACGACGAUAUCUGGGCAUGGCGGAUGUGCCUCCACACCGUCGACGUACUCAACUACUGCUAUGGGGAAAACAAGUCCCGCGAGACCUAUGACCAGCUGGUAUCUUACGCUGCGAAGUGGAUGAGGUCAGUUCCAGAGUCGUUCAUGCCGGUCUUGAAUGAGAUCUUUACCGACGUGAAAAUUCUUGCCGGCAUGGCAGACUCGAUCAGCCCAUGUAAUCCGGCUCAUAUAUCGGCCUGCAUGGCAAUAGUCUUGGCGGGCGACCGUUUCACCAUACGGGAAGAACAAGAUGUACUCUAUGAGUUGUUAUCAAAUACUGCAGAUGACUUCAGCUGGGAUGUAUCAUUGAUACUAGCGCACUUGAAGAAGUCAUGGAACUGGCCGGAAGACAUGAGUAUAUAG